GUACAACCCAACGUGGUGCUCUCCUCGGUUACAGCAAUCCAACCUGGGGACUGUCAAGCGGCAGAGAUGGCAUAUAAAUCGUCCCCAGUGCCACGGCUGUGGAGAGACAGCGACAAGUCGAGUCGGCUACUGUACCAUGAUGCUGUACACACUUCCCGUCCUGGCAGUGCUGGCAGCAACUGUCACAGCCACAUACGAUAAAAACAUCAAUUUCAAGAGUCCCUCUUUCGAUCACCCCUCCAUGGGUAUUGACAUGCCAAAGAUGAUGAGUAGGCACCUUCAGAAGCGUGAUUAUAAUGUCACCAUCGACCCCAGCAAGCUCAACUUCACCCACGGUGUUGCAUCUGGUGACCCUUACCCUGAUUCAGUGAUCCUUUGGACCCGCAUCUCACCACAGCUGGAGAAUGACCGCUCAAAUGUCACUGUCGCAGGGACCGUGCCUCUGUACUCUCACGAGACUGAACGCUACAUCCGCGUAUCAACCAGCCCUAUUUGUGUUGAUUACCAGGUAUCGACAAACAAGAACAUCACCGGAGGAGUUGUUAGCCAUGGUAGAGCAUAUACUACCAGCGACAUUGACUACACAGUCAAAGUCGAGGCAAAGGGGCUGUCCCCGUACACUACUUACUACUACCGCUUCAGCGUCUGUGGAUCUUCUAAGCAGAGCCCGAUCGGUCGUACCAAAACAUCGCCCACUGAGGAUGACGACGCUACUGAGCUCAGUUUGGCGGUCUUCUCCUGCAGCAACUACCCCAGUGGUUACUUCAACGCGUACGGCAACGCUGCUCGUCGUGACGAGGUCGAUUACUUCGUUCACCUGGGUGAUUACAUCUACGAGACCAGUUCUGGUGUACUUGGACGAGAUGCUCGUGCUACCAACCCCCCUCGUACUAUCUUCACUCUGUACGACUACCGCACCAGAAUCGCGCAGUAUCGCACCGAUCUUGACUUGACUCUUGCGCAUCAGAACUUCGCCUGGAUCACGACUUGGGAUGACCAUGAAGUCAGCAACAACGGCUAUCGCGACGGUUCCUCGGCUGUGAACAACACCGAGAGCUCUUUCAUCCGCAACGGCGGUGUCUCUGUAGAUCAACGCAAGAUGAACGCUGUCCGCGCUUAUUUCGAGUGGAUGCCGAUUCGCCAAGUCAACCUUGACGACAAUCUGCGCAUCUGGAGAAACUUCCAAAUGGGGAAGCUGUUCGAUCUGAUCGUCCUAGACACACGAAACUACGACCGUUCCAUCACUGACCUCAACUGGAACACCGACUACGUCACCUCCAUCAGGAACGACGCUGGUAGGUCGCUCAUGGGCUCAAACCAGGAGAACUGGUUCUACCGCACCCUCUCGGAGAGUAAGGAGCGAGGCGCUGCAUGGCGAGUAAUCGGUAAUCAGAUCGUCUUCUCGAGGGUCAACAUAUCCUCAUGGUUCGGUUCUGAGGAUGAGCCCUACAACGUUGACCAGUGGGACGGCUACACAUCGAACAGGAACAGGACCUACCAGUACCUGUACGGAAACCAGAUCGACAACACCAUUAUGCUCGCUGGUGACUCCCAUGCCAACUGGGUAUCAGACCUGCUCUGGGUCGACCCCGAGUCUGCGCCGUUUGCUUCCACUAACAACGGCAUCGACAUCCCAGCGUACAACCAAGCCACCGGAGAAGGAGCUAUUGGCGUCGAGUUCGCAGUCACAGCGGUAUCCUCAUCUGGCUUCAGCGGCAACAUCGCUGCGACCAACGCCCAAGCGCAAAAACUAGUUCGUGAUAACUCCGAGCUCAUGUGGAACGAAGGCUACUUCCGCGGCUACCUCGCGCUCCACCUCAGCGCCAAUGAAGCGCGUGCAGAGUACUAUGGUUCCCCUACCGUGCGCACGCGUAACUCAUACGAUAUUCCACUCGCCAACUUCACUGUCAAGGCGGGUGCCAACCAUCUACAGAGGCCGAUCGCGGGUGGUAGUGUCAACUCUGGGUACCUCAAGAAUGCGGAUCAGCCGGGCAAGGUUGCUGGUGUGAAUAGUACGAUCGCACUUGACACCGUCACUGGAUCGUGGGGUUCGGUGCCGAACGCACUGCUUGCCGGUGGUAACUACAUCACCUACGCGAGUACCAACAGCACGUAGAGUCUGUAGGACAUCACACGAUGUUGUGUUGCUGGAG